GCUCGUGGUGGCAGAAGGGAAGAACAAUCCAGUGGGCUUAGUGCUCAAGUUGAUCGUGUUCGUGAUGGGUCCGCUGUUGACCAUGAGGAAGGCCAGCCAGAGCAUGUAAGAAGAGACAUGCUGAGGCUGCGUGGAAGGCAAGCUUUACUUGAUUUGCUUUUGAGGAUUGAAAGGGAAAGACAGGGGGAGCUUCAGGGUCUUUUAGAGCAUCGUGCAGUUUCUGAUUUUGCCCAUCGCAGUAGGAUUCAGUCACUACUCAGAGGAAGGUUCUUGAGAAAUGAAGUGCCUGCUGAGGAAGAGAGACCACCUUCAAUGGCAGCAAACGAAUUAGUUCAGCUUAGGCAACGCCACACUGUCUCUGGGCUCAGGGAAGGAUUCCGCUCCAGAUUAGAAAACAUUGUACGUGGUCAAGUAAGCAGCAAUUCUGAAUCUUCAUCUAACAGUGGCAACGGUGGUUUGAGAAAUAACCAGACUCGUACAAAUCCUUCACAGGAGGUACAAAACGAAAAUCUUGAGCAGCUGCAGUCUAGGGAACAGGAACGGAGUACUCAUCAGUUGCCUGAUCACAGAGAGAAUGUUGAUUCCACUACAGCUGGUCAGGCUACAAAUCAGCUAGCAUCUCCUAACCAAGGAAGGCGUCAAGUGGAACCUGUUGUUGAAGCUGAGGGAGGAAAUCACCGCGGUGCAACUUCUAAUGAACGGACUCGUGGAACUAUGGAGAAUACAAGUGGGAAUUGGCCACAAAAUCAACCAAUUGCUUGGCCCCCUGAAACAACAGGUGAAGUGAACAGAGAUGAACUCCGUUUACCAGAAAAUCAUGAGGUUUGGCAUGAGGAUGGGUCACGAGAAGCUGUGGAGAAUUGGUCAGAAGGGCCUUCUGAUCCUCCUAGAAUGCGGCGUUCUGUCCCUUAUAGGAGAGUUAGUAGAUUCCAUCCGCCCGAUGAUGAUAAUGUGUAUAGUAUGGAACUCAGGGAGCUUCUUAGCAGGAGGAGUGUUUCCAAUCUUCUUCGCAGUGGCUUCCGCGAAAGUUUAGAUCAUUUAAUUCAGUCAUAUGUAGAAAGGCAAGGCCGCACUCCAAUUGAGUGGGAUAUGCAUAGGAACUUGCCUAUUCCAAGUUCACCCGAAAGAGAUCAGGACCUACAGAAUGAUGAGAGAAAUGUUGCUCAACCGGAAGGAAUUAGCAGGCCUUCACUUGUGCGACCAUCUCCUCCUGAACCUCCUCCACAACCACUUUGGCAUCAGGAUGUGCACCAGUCUGCUUGGCCACGUCACACUGUGCAUCGUUCUGAACUUGAGUGGGAGGCGAUGAAUGAUCUUAGAGCGGACAUGGGAAGACUACAGCAAGGUAUGAAUCACAUGCAAAAGAUGUUGGAGGCCUGCAUGGAUAUGCAACUGGAGUUGCAACGUUCUGUCAGACAGGAAGUUUCAGCUGCUUUGAAUAGGUCAGCUGGCGGACAAGGAAUUGCUGAGACUUCAGCCGAUGGAUCUAAAUGGGGCCACGUGAAAAAGGGUACUUGCUGUAUUUGUUGUGAUAAUCACAUUGAUGCCUUGUUGUACAGAUGUGGGCACAUGUGCACUUGCUCCACAUGUGCAAAUGAAUUGGUCCGAGGUGGAGGGAAGUGUCCAUUGUGCCGGGCACCCAUUGUUGAGGUGAUCCGAGCUUACUCGAUACUCUAAAAAGAA